AUGGGUGGGGAGGUUUCAACGGAAGGUGACGUGUAUAGUUACGGAAUUCUUUUACUGGAGAUGUUUACUGGAAAAAGGCCGACUGGUAGUAUGUUUACAGACAAUUUCAGCCUUCAUAACUAUGCUAAGAUGGCGCUUCCAGAUGGAGUGAUGGAGAUUGUCGAUUCUCUACUCAUAUUGGAAGAAGAAGAUGACUCUGAAAGGACCAAACAACGCAAGAUUGCUACAACAAAAGAUUGCUUGGUAUCAGUUCUUAGAAUUGGAGUCGUUUGCUCUUCUGACUUGCCAAGAGAACGGAUGGAUAUUACAAAUGUUCUAAAUGAACUCCACAAGAUUAGAGAAGCAUAUCUUAUUAUCAAUGUUUAUCUUCAACUUCAUGCAAUUAAUAAGAAGCUAAUUCUUAGAGAAAGGAGUUGUAGUGAUAAACCAGAAAAUGAAGAAAAUGAUUUCAAGGCUUUGAUCUUUGAGUUCAUGCCAAAUGGGACUUUGGAGAGUUGGUUACACCCAAAUCAAUCUGUGCAGCAGGAUCCAAAGGGCUUGGAUUUAAUACAAAGGCUAAACAUUGCAAUUGAUGUGGCAUCUGUAUUGGAUUAUCUUCACCAUCAAUGUGACACAACAAUCGUUCAUUGCGAUUUAAAGCCAAGUAAUGUUCUUCUUGACAAUGAGCUUUGCGCUCGAGUGGGUGAUUUUGGUAUAUCAAGGUUUCUUGGAGGCAGCGGAGGUAAACCCGAUCGGUCAAAAUCUAGUUCUUCAAUUGGGAUUAGAGGAACUAUUAUUGGUUAUGUCGCACCAGAAUAA